AUGCCUCUCGACGUCGCCUUCGUUGGAGGCCAGAUGAGCGGCCGCGCCCUCCUGGCCCGCGCCGGCACCGCGGCCCGCGCAGCGCCGAAGCCUGCGGCUGGCGCGGCUGGCGCGGCGCGCGGGCCGGGGCUCGCCGGGAGCGCGCUGGCGGGCGCAGUCGUGGCGCUGGGCAGCGCGGCGCGGCGGCAGCAGCGGCGCCACCUGGCCGCGCCGCAGCAGGGCGGGCGCUACCGCUCGGCGGCGACGGCCUCCGCGUCGUCGUGCGGGAAGUACGACUACGACCUCUUCACCAUCGGGGGCGGCAGCGGGGGCGUGCGCGGCACGCGCUGGGCCGCGUCGCAGUACGGGGCCAAGACCGCGCUGGCGGAGCUGCCCUUCCAGAUCGUGAGCGACAAGUUCAACGCGGGGGGCCUGGGAGGCACCUGUGUCAUCCGCGGCUGUGUGCCGAAGAAGCUUUUCAUCUACGGGAGCCACUUCCACGAGGACAUCAGGGAUGCGGCGGGCUACGGCUGGUCCCUGCCCGACGGCGCCGAGCCGCACCUGGAUUGGAAUAAGCUCGUCGAGGCCAAAAACGCCGAGGUGACGCGGCUGAACGGCAUCUAUUCCAAGUUGUUGGCCGGUGCUGGGGUGGAGUUCUUCGAGGGCUACGCUAAGGUCGUGGACCCGCACACCGUUGAGGUCGGCGGUAAAAAGUUCACCGCGAAAUACAUAUGCAUUGCCAGCGGCGGGCGGGCAUUCAAGCUCCCGAUCCCGGGUUGCGAUCUGCCCGAAGUGGUCACCAGCGAUGAAGCCCUUGCGCUGCCCAAGAAGCCAGAGACUCUUGUGGUCGUCGGUGGAGGCAUCGCCGUAGAGUUCGCUGGCUAUUUCCAUGGGUACGGCUCCGAAGUGCACCUCAUCUUCCGGGGCGACAAGCCGUUGCGGGGGUUUGACGAGGACGUGAGGGACCACCUGCUGGCGAUACUUAAGGCCAAGGGUAUUCACGUGCACGCGAAUGAGAACCCCCUGUCCAUCGAGGAGGCGGGCGCCGGAAAGGUGAAGCUGACGACGGACAAGGGCACCGAGCUGACCGUCGACAACGUGAUGUUUGCCACAGGACGGAAGCCAAACAGUGCGGACAUGGGCCUGGAGGAGGUCGGCGUGCAGCUCGACAAGCGGAGCGGGAAAGUCCUCGUGGACGAGUUCAGCAGGACAAACGUCGAGUCCAUUUUUGCGAUCGGUGACGUCACCGACCGAAUCAACUUGACGCCCGUGGCACUGAUGGAGGGCAUGGCGAUGGCCAAGACGAUGUUCGGCGGAGGGGAGCCCGCGGCUCCGGACCACACGGGCGUGCCCAGCGCAGUCUUCAGCCAGCCGCCAAUCGGCAGUUGCGGGCUGACCGAGGUGGAAGCGGCCAAGAAGUACGGGAGCGUGGACGUGUACAUCUCGGCAUUCAAGCCGAUGAAGCACACCAUGCCCACCGGCCGCGGCGAGGAGGAGCGCAUGCUCUUCAAGAUGCUCGUCGUCAGCGACGGUAUCGAAGGCGCCGGCGACGUGGUCGGCCUGCACAUGGUGGGGGCGGAGGCCGGUGAGAUGAUGCAGGGCCUCGCGGUGGCCAUGAAGGCCGGCGCCAAGAAGGCAGAUUUCGACGCCACGGUGGGCAUUCAUCCGACCGCUGCCGAGGAGUGGUGCACGAUGCGCACGAAGACCAGGACGACCACCAGGGCAGACGUCGAGGCCAAGGAGAAGGAGACCCUGGCGGCCUGA